AUCACAUCACAGGACUUUAUAUAUUUAUUUAUAAGUGCUUUUAUAGUAAUGUUUGUUUUAUUAUUUCAUUCUUGACGAAAGUCAUCAAAAGUUAAUGUAAUUCGUCUGUCAUGAUCAUGUGAAACGAGUCUCUACGUUAAAAACCGGAGGUAUGGAUAAGUGAAACGGAAAACCUUGAAAAGUGAUGAAUUAGAUCUAGAAAGACUUUGUUUUGGGAAACCGAAAGUGACCUCGCCCCCUCCAAGAAAGUUCAACAUUUAGACAUAUCUCGAUAGUAGUAGGACGCCAUUAUUAGCACGAGUAAAAUUCUUACACAUACAUAUAAACUUAAUUUCUACCUCAAUAUGAGUAAUUUUUUAAUCACUACUUCGGGAGAUGGCAGAAGAAACAUUAAUGAUGAUGAUAAUGGGAAGCAAUAUAGCAGAGGUGGUCCACAGAGACGAGGCAGAGGUCGAGGGGGAGGAAACAAUAACUACAGAGGCAACAAAGGCAGAGGUGGAUAUAGAGGAAGAGGUGGUGGAGGUCCGAACCCACGCUCACGUAUAGCUGAUGAAGAUGAUGAGGGAGAUGUUGAUAUGGGAGACUCUGGAGCUUCAGGAUCUAGGAACAACAGAAAAUAUAAUCCCUAUGGCAACAGACCUCCUACACGGCGGGGUGACAGACCUGGAGGGGGCAAGGCCUACAUGGACAAUGAGGCUGGGGGGUCAGCUGGGGUGAUGAGCAGACUUGGUUUACCUGUACAAAGAGGAGGUGGUAACAGGGGACGAGGUAGAGGCAAUUCCCGUGGUAACAGUAAAAACUACGACAACAGAAAAAAUGACUAUAUCCAACCCUCAGAACAAUGGUUCAAAGUCUUGAUUCCACAUGGCAAGAAAGGAGAGAAAAGCUUUAUCCUCAGGGAAAUUACGAAACUUUCUGCAGUACCUUUUGUUCCAAUUAAUUACCAUUAUGAAGGUGAGAUGGUAGUGUUCUAUGUCCAGGGAAGGACAGAGGCUAAUGCUGUCAGAGAUGUUACCAGGAGAAUCACAUUGCCUAAUGGCUUUAAAAUGAUAAUUCUUACAAAGUUUAUGCCCAAGGGCCCAGAAGAGAAUAAAUCAUACUCUAAGCCAAUGUCUGAGGAACAAAUAGAAAAAAUGAAGAUAAGUAUGAGUAAAAGAUAUGACCCAGCCACACAGACUUUGGACAUGAGCGAUUUCUUCAAUGACACAGAUCUUAAUAAUGAGAAUAUUAGGGUGGUACUGAAUAGACCCAACCCAAUGGAAAACUUCUUAAAAAUAGUGAAGGAAAAUAUCCCUGAGACUUUAUCACUGAAUCUCUCUGACAAUCGACUGAUGUCAUUGGGUGAGCUUGGACCCCUGAAGGAUGCCGCCCCUGGCCUGAAAUCAUUGAAUCUCUCAAAUAACUCUUUGAAGAGUGACUAUGAACUGGACAAGAUCAAAGGUUUGAUGUUAGAGGAGUUGCAAUUAGAUGGUAACCCACUAUGUGACAGGUAUCAGGACCAACCCCAGUAUAUCAGCGCCAUCAGGAAGAGAUUCCCCAAAGUCAUAAAACUCGAUGGGGAACCUCUUGCAGCUCCUAUAACGUUUGACCUGGAGACUCCUACAAGACUGCCACCUAGGAAAGAGAGUUAUUUCUUCAACUCACAGGCUCAGGAUGUUGUCACUAAGUUCAUAAAGCAGUACUAUGAUAUUUAUGAUUCUGAGAGUAGACAGGGACUUUUGGAGGCCUAUCAUGAGAAUGCUCUCUUCUCCAUAUCAUGUGCAAAUAACCCCUCAAUUCAAGGGAAUCAGCCAUUCCUCAAUUCCUAUAUCCAAGACAGUCGUAACCUACAAAAGGUCUACAACUCAGAUAAAAGGAUGCGACUUUUGAAACAAGGGAAGCUGAAUGUAGUUGCCUUCCUCACCAACCUCCCCAAGACUAAACAUGAUAUGAACAGUUUAGUGGUGGAUGUCAACCACAUCAGUGCCUCUUUGUUGAGUUUCACAGUAAAUGGGGUCUUCAAAGAAACUGAUUCUAAAACGGAGCGUCCUCCAAUCCGUCAAUUCAGUAGAAUGUUUGUGACGAUACCUCAGGCUGGAGGCAUAGCUAUCACCAAUGAUGAGAUAACGUACAGUAAUGCUAGUCAUGAUCAGAUGAGGUCAGCAUUCAAGACACCAGCUCCCACCCCCUCUCACAGUCCAGUGCAAGAUAUCCCUGGGCCAUCAUUACUCUCUUCCCCUGUCCCUACCCCCAUUAACCCAGCCAGUAUUGUGACACCCCCAGGCCUAGCGGGGACUCAGUUCACAGAGAUCCAGCUUCAGAUGAUACAACAAUUCUCUCAACAGUCAGGCAUGAACCAGGAUUGGUCAAUGAAGUGUUUGGCACAGAAUGAUUGGGACUUUGAGAAGUCUGCUCAAGUGUUCACAGAUCUACGGAAUAAAGGCAGUAUUCCUCCAGAGGCAUUUGUCAAGUCAUAGCAUCCCAUGUUCACUCAACAGAAGUGUACCAUCUUCACAAGCAUUUCCCUGGUCUGCGCUGUCAUGUCUUGGCAUAUUCAACCAAUGGUGUCAGUGAUUGAGGAAUGUGAACUGCAUAUGGAUGUGAUUGGAUAGUGAUAUAAUUACUGUAUAUGGAUGUGAUUGGAUAGUGAUAUAAUUACUGUAUAUGGACAUGGAGACUGGCAGCCAUUUCUGUGGAAUCAUUAUUACGAUUGGUAUGACUGAAGAAUUUAAAAAUCAAAGUAAUAGAUACAAAAUGAUACUAUCCACUCCUUGAUAUUGUUAACAUCAAAACAAUGCAAUUUAAAUCAUUAAAACUGACAAUGGACUUUCAGUUUUUCAAUUGCUAUAUAGCAUGGCCAUUUCGAGAAAAUUAUUCAAUAAUUCAAAGGAUGACAUUGAUUAGUAGGAAUCCAAUGAAAUGUCACCAUACAAGUACAGAAAAGACAAAUGUCUUCUUGGAAGACAGUUUCAGGGGUCUGAAGUUACCCUAAAUAAUGUUUAUGUGCACAAAUCUCAGUCAAGAAUUUAUUUUAUCUGAUUUUAACUUAGUGAGACAUGAGUUUAUGACCAACGGUUACUAUGUUGAUUUAAGUUGGUUGGACCUUGUAUAAAAAACAAUUGAGAUUUAUUUUAGUUAAACAAGAUAUGAAUGAACCAAUAUAGAAAACUGGGUCUUGAAUUUCAUGUCCAUCAUAGGAAAAUGUGACAACAGAAAUAGCAGUUUCAUUGGGACUUCAAUUCCAAAUAUUGUUUAGUUGCAAAUAUAUUACUUCAAUA